AUGGCAUCCAAACCCACAACCUGUUCUUUUUCCGCCACAUCAACCAUCCUCAGACCGAGAACAUUAGUUGAAACCAGUAAAGAUGUAGACAGAUACUAUGGUUCAUGGUUCACCGGAAAGAUUGUCCAUUGUCUCCGUGGUGACAAGUUUGUUAUGGAGUAUGACAAAAUAAUGCAGGAUAAGGAGGGAACAAAGGACCCCCAAGAAACUGCUAAGCUUUCCCAGCUCCGUCCAAUUCCUCCUAAUGAGAUCAUCCAGGACUUCCAAGUUGGUGACAAAGUUGAUGUUUAUGACAACAACGAAUGGUGUAAAGGUCGCAUCUCCGAAUCAUUUUGGGGCGGUAUGUGGGCAGUGUAUUUCAAAGAUUGGUCGGAGCAGCAAGCAUACUCAGACAAAGAAUUGAGGCGGCACCAUAAGUGGGUCAAUGGAAGUUGGAUGACACCAUUUCCACAACAGGUGUGCAAUGACGAAGAUGGUUUCAAGGCUAGGCCUACUGAUGUUGUUGAUGAGUUUAAGAUUCUUGAUAAAAUGGGUGCAUACUACAAAGACGGUUGGUGGGUUGGGGUUGUUUCUAAAGUUCUCGGAGACUCCAAAUAUAUUAUUUAUUUCAUCAACUCUAAUGAAGAGUAG